UCCGAUGUGAGCGGCGCUUCAUGGGGGCGUGAUGAGUGACCCAGAUUGGGGUGCGGUUGGUGGUGGUGGGGGAGAGGCGCAGACGGUGAGGGAAGUGAGGUCGGAUUAGGGAUAGGGUGGAGUGGAGUCGGUAGAGAAGAGCGAUACUGGGCCUGGAAGGUAGAACAAAAUGGAGCAGGGGGGCCAUCAGAGUGCUUGACGACGGUGCUGAAAGACAAAAGAAAGAGGGAGAAAAGGCCCACUCAAGUCAGACGAGCCUCAGGCCUGGUGCCACACCUUCUCCUCCUCUCUGUGACCUGUGCCCUCCCCGGUGUCCCAGCAGGCAGGCAUGGCAGACGGUCGGCAGCCAGACGAGCACUGGUCCUCAAACGGUCAAGAGAAUGGCGAGAAUGGCUACUCCGCCUACAGCUCUGCCUACAGGGAGAAUGGAUACCACGGUGGAGCAGCUGCACAUCCUGGAGUGACAGUGGAUGACUCAGCCAAUUUGCCUCCCUCCCCUCCCCCAUCUCCAUCCGCUGAGCAGAUUGGGCCCGUGGCACAAGAAGAUAAAGUAGAGGUUGUCAGUCAACAGCAGGAUGAGGAUGAGGAGGCUCCUGAAGAGCCCAACAGUUACCUGGAGGAAGUGGCACAUGAGCAGCCUGGAGACUUGCUCUUAGAGCAGACAGAUUAUUUAACAGAGCCCCAGGCUUUGGGCUGCCAGCAAGCCCAGACACCUGAGGUCCUCAAUGGAGGAAGUCAUCAAGGUGAACACAGCACAUCACAAAAAGUACAAAGUUGUACUGUAUCCUUCAAACUCACAGCCCAGCCAGAAGAAUGUAUCAGUAAGGCAUCGUGUGAGUCGGCUUUGAAAGAAGAUGAACCUCAAGAGGCAUCGCUACCUCAGCAGUUGGUAGUUGAAAGAGAAACCCCCGAAGGUGCAGAUCUCACCUCGACUGAACCUCCACCUCCCUCUGUGAAAGAGAAAGAGCUCUCUGACACCCCCGUAAUUGAGCAGGGUAACCAAGACAGAAAAGAUGUAGUAGAAGAGGCAGCUGAAAGCCACCUGCUUGUGGAGUCCAAAGCAAAAGAAGCAAAACAGUCUUUACUGACAGAGGAGUUAUCAAAUCUUAAGGAGGAAGACAAAGAGGGGAUUACCUCACCAAGCAAAUCGGGAACUCCUUUAAAUGAAAGCAAGGAAAAACCAGAGACGGUUGAAGGGAUAAAUAAGGAGCACCAAGAUAGUGGCACUGACGUAAGAUUACAUGAGACGCCAGUGACUGACAUUCAGAAAGUGGACCAAAGGCAAGAACCAGUCAUCUCAAGUCCAGAACCUGGUACAGAAUUUAAAGCCACUUCAGAUAUGUUUGCAGAACAUGAGUCAGGAGCAAAAACCUACUUUGAGACAUCCUCCAAAAGCCACGAAGCAGAGUCAUCACAAACCCAAAGCUAUUACGAACUCAGCACAGCAGCAGAGACAAAAUUAAGUGAGGAAACUGAAAGCAUUAUCCAGAACCUCGAGGAACAACAUGAGAGAAAAGCCAGAGCAUCCCCUGGUAAGAGGUCAUUACAACAAAGAAGCCUCUCCCUAAACAUUACUGUUGGGUCUGUGGCAAGACAGACAAUGAAAGAAGAGAAGUCGCUGGCCUUCUCCGAAAGCUUGCAUCCAAUCAGUGGAAGCUUUGAUGAAUCUGAGCUUUACCCUUCAACACCAUCUGUGGAAAGCCAACAGCAGCUUCCUCCAGCUGUCUCCAUUACCCCAACUGCUACUGAAUUAUCUGAAGAAGAUGACCUCACCAACGUAGAAACAUCUUCCGAUAAGCACAAAUGUUUUGAACACUCAGGCAGCCUCUCUGAGAUGUUGGAUCUGGCUGGAGCCCUUCCUCGGCUAUCGGUAGAGAGGAGGGAGCUUGAUCACAUGAGACGAAAGUCCGUUCCCACCAAUGUAUCAGCUCUGGUGGGGAGUUCUUUGGCCAAGCUUGCUUUGGGAGAUCAGACCUUGAGACUGGUGAGAGGGGAGAGCCAGCAGGAGGAACUAGGCUACUGUGUCUUCAGUGAGUACUCAGGGCCCAUGCCAUCUCCUGCUGAUGUACCCAGUCCUGGGGACUCUCCGCACCAACGUUUCCCUUCUAUGGAGAGCGAAGUUGAGGAGGAGCUUGGAACCACAGAAGUUGAAGGCGUUCAAAAAGGAAUGCAAGAACAAGAUGAUACAGGAAGUAUCCCUGAGAUCGCUCAAAAAACAGUGUUUGAAAAGAAAGAUGCACCAGUCAAGACGACGCUGAUUCUUGAAAAAGCUGUGACAAGUGUAGGAAAACCUGAUCGCCUAAGAAUCCCAUUAACUGCUUCAAAAGAAAGACUGACUGAGUUUCGUUUGGAGAGUGGCCUGCCUGGUGACAUAAAGAUCCAAGCAAUCCCUGAGGUAGACGUUGAAAAAGACCCCUCCAGAGAGGCUUCUCCCAUCCCACCAGACAAUUCCUUUACUUUCACUCUUACAGAAACUGGAAGCAAAGCCCCCCUAACUCCCACCUCCCCCAAGUCUCCAGAUGAUACACCCUCAAAAGCCCAAGUCACUGGAGAGAAGGCAAUGAAAGAUGUAUUACCAGAGAUCAAAUCAGAGAAGGAUCCAGAGUCUGAGAAGAUUGAUAAUAAACAGACAGAGUUAGAUGAACAAAUACAGAUAUCAGAGGACUCAGAAGAAAGAAGGGAUGAACCAGAAAUGGCAAACUCAGACAUACCUUCAGCAUCAUUUCAGUCUUUAGGAGAGAGCACAAAAAAAGAUGACAAAAAGAUAACACAUGAGCAUGGGACACCUACAAGAUUAGAAAUAAUAGAAACCCAGGAGACCUCAAAAGCUGUUCAGGAUUUAAGCAUUGUGGAUAAAGGCUCACCAAAGCCAAAACUAUCCUCCCCAAUCAUCAUUAUACCUCAAGCACAAGUAGAGGAAGAAGCAGAUGAAGAGGAUGAUAUUGAGAUUGCUGAAGAGCCUCAAGAGAUGAUGGAGGAAGGUGAAGUUUCAGUGCUCCCCAAGACAAAUCAAGCAGAGGAGGGUCUAAUCAUAGAAGUUGGGAAAGAAGAGCAAAAGAAAGAGGUGGUGAGGCUGACGGUAGGCGAUCAGAUGGUGGAAGAAGAUCCCAAGUCUGGAGCAGAAGAAUGGAGUCAUAGUGCCCAAAACAGUGAUGAUGGGGAGCUUGCGACAGACAGUUCCCACUUGUCUCCAUGCUCUGAGCAUGAUCAACCAGUCGAAGGUGGCACAGAUGAAGGGAUGGGUGAGGAUAAAAAAGAGGAACAAACAAAUAGGGAUAAAUGGGAAAAGGGGGAGUGUGCAGCAGUAAAGGAAGACCAAACAGGAGUGCAGAAAGUGGAGGACGUUGGUGCUGAUGAUAUAGGUGAAGAGAAAGAGGUGAAAGCGGUGGAUAAAGAGCAUGAGGGGGAAGAGAGGAUGGGCGAGGUGGAGAAAGACAUCGAGAUUGGUCAGGAGGUGGAAGAGACCUCUGAUGUGCUCUACCAGGAAGCUAAUGAUGAAACCACCAUGGAUGUCUCCAUCCUAGAUACAGACAGUGGCUGGAUGGACUCACAAGAUGAUGACAAAAGUAUCAUGACUGAGCAAUUCGAAGCCCUUCCUCAAACCCAGAGUCCAGCCAGAACACCUGUGGUGGACAGACCCGCUAAACGGGGCCCUGGCAGAGGAAGGGGCCGACCUGGCACCACUGAGAGUAAAGCGUUUCGCAAAAUACCCAGCCACCAUCCACCAAGAGAGGAGAUGAAGAAGAAAAAAGUAGGGGUGAGGAGGGCUGACCAGAAUAAGGUGUCAGCCCUCCAAUGUCGUUCUCCAUCUCGAAAGAGUGUAGCCAAAGCGGCGGCCAGACAUCCUAGGCCUGCUCUGCUUCACGGCUCUGCUAGACGCAAGGCCACAGGUAUGGAAAGCCAUCAGCCCCUCAGUGUGGCACACCAGUCCAGGGAAAGGACCACUUCUCGACCGAGAAAAUCUAGCCCCACAAGGGCAGUUCUGUUAAAGAUGGCAGUUCAGCGUCGGGGAUCCAAUCACCAGCCCCCCCGGCCCGGCUCUGCCUGUAGCAUUAAACGGAGCCCUCUGGUGGAGGCGGAGCUCCGUGAGGCUCGCCCCUCCUCUGCAUGUGCCCACCCGUCCUCUGUGCCAAACAAAUGGGCAGAGCAGGAGAGAGCAUACCGCAGCCCAGAGAAGAGGUCGUCCCUGCCCAGGCCUGCCAAAUCUCUGACACGCCAUAUCCCUGCUGCUGAACAAGAAGACAACAGCACCCCCUCCAGGCCAACCUGUACAGACUCGGCACGGUCCCGAUCAGUCCGUAGCGGGACCUCCACCCCUGGCUCCUCCGCCGUGACACCCGGCACACCCCCCAGCUACUCCUGCCGCACCCCCGGCUCACGCACCCCCGGCAGCCACACACCCAAGUCCUUCAGCAUCCUCCAGGAGAAGAAGGUGGCGGUGAUCCGAACCCCGCCCAAGUCUCCUUCCUCUGCCCAGCGGCAGCUGAAGGUUCUCAAUCAGCCCCUGCCUGACCUGAAGAAUGUAAAGUCCAAGAUCGGGUCCACCGCCAACUUGAAGCACCAGCCGAAAGGCGGACAGGUCAUGAUUCCAAGUGUUAAACUGGACUUUAGCCACGUUCAGGCUAAAUGUGGCUCCCUGGACAAAAUCCAGCACGCAGCAGGCGGGGGAAACGUCCAAAUCCAGACCAAGAAGAUCGACUUGAGCCACAUCACCGCCAAAUGUGGCUCCAUGUCCAACAUCCACCACAGACCAGGAGGAGGUCAUGUGCGUAUUGAGAAUGUGAAGCUGGACUUUAAAGAGAAGGCCCAUGCCAAGGUCGGCUCCCUGGGCAACACCAGCCACACUCCUGGAGGGGGAAAUAUUACGAUUGAGAGCCACAAGCUGACCUUCCGGGAAACAGCCAAGGCUCGGGUGGAUCACGGUGCAGAAAUCAUCGUCACCCACUCCCCUGGGGUCGAGACGGGAGGCACUUCCCCUCGCCUGUCCUCCUCCGGCAGCAUCAACAUCCUGGAGUCGCCCCAGCUCUCCACGCUGGCCCAGGAUGUCACCGCCGCCCUGGCCAAGCAGGGCUUAUGAGCGGGCUGCCCUCCGCCCCCCCUAGUUUCAAAUACCCUCCAACACCCACUCCGUUACUCCUCUUCCCAUCGAUCUCAUUCACUCAUCAGCAUCUUGUGUUCUCUCAAGAUCCCUCAGUGCAACACGACCCCCACAGGUUCUACAGUUGUAGUUGAUUGACUGUCUCGUCCGUCAACGAGCCUUCUGGCCCUCCCAUCUGGAUUUUAAAAACUGAAAUCUUAAGAUUAUUCUUCAUUUACUCCCUUACAAGGGACACAGCUGUUCACUCUUUAUUUUUUUUCAUUCAUUUUUUGUUCUUGUUUUUUUAGAUAGACCGAAUGCUAAGGUUUGAGAGGAUGUGUUUGUCAGAGAAUGCAUCGGGAGGUUCUACGAUUGUACGGCGAUUUUUUUUAGUGUGAAAAGCAUCACAUUCCACGUGUAUGGGGAUAAAUGUUAAGGUGAACUCAUGCAUAAUGUCCAUUCAGAAUUUAUAUGGUACUGAAGGCAAGAUAUAGCUACUAGAUACUACGUUAGUCUUAAAGAGACGACUGUGUGAGAGACUUAACUUCAUGGCGUGUAACUGUACCUGCAGAGGAAUGGCUGACAAGCAUGUCUGCUAAACAUGAAUUUUUGUUUGUUCGUUGGCUCGUAACCCUCAACUUGAAGCUGGUUGGUUUUUAAUCUUAUGAUUUCCUGAUAUGUUCUGAAUUGUUGGACAAAUUGUGUUUUCUUGUUACAUUUUCUUUUUCUAUAUGUCACUGUAGUGGAAGUUGUCCCAGUUUUGUACGUUCCCCUGUGGCUGCACUGACUUAUUAGCACUUAAAUGUGGAUAACCAUUGCAGUUGUGUCAAGUCAAGCGCUAAAACGCUAGCUUUCCAAUAGAUUUUUACUUUCUUGCAAACCAAUGGGCUGCUCUCUUUGUUUGGUUUUUACAUUAGCUCUGUGAUUUAAUUAGGCUGCUACAAUGCUGUUAUGCUGGCAUGGCAAAUAAAUGACUGAUGAAUUAGAUCUAUUCGGGGCAGUCUUAAACUUUUCAGUGUGAGUGUAAAUGGCCAGGGUGCAUUCUAGUGUCUCUACUUCAAGGUCGGCCCCUCGCGCUCCUGUUACCUUUCUCAUUUUGCAGAGACUGGGUUACACGAUAUGUUUAAAAGGGCAACGGGCCCUGAGUUUGUUUGAAAAGUGGAAAAAGUGUGAAGCUUUAUAUGAAAACAUUCCGUUGAAAGAGCCCCAGGCCCCUUUUUGUGCGAUUGAUCCAGUAACUUUACAGGAAAUGAAAGAAACAACGAAGAGGUGAAGAAUGGGCGUAACCCUCAACUUGAAGCUAUUAGAGUUCCUUAAAAAAAAAAAAAAAAACACAACUGUUUAGCAUAUUCUCUGCUCACCAUUGUGAAACUCUUCUGCCCCCUUCUCCCCCUCCCCCGAUGUCAGUUACCCCUCCAGUGUUUCUCUGUGCUUCCUAUAAGCCCACUCCUGCCUCCCUCCUCCCCGGCCCCUCCUUGCCUGUGUAAGUGUAUUUAAAAGACCGUGUAGAUGUGUGAACACUUUCCGAUGUUUGAGACGUACUGAUGACAAAUGCUCCUACAGGAUGACGACAACAGAAAUAAAGAAAAUAAAAACAGG